CCAUAUCUCUUGCCAUUCCCUUUCUCAGUCCACAAGACAGCAGUCCACGAGAGCACGCCGCCGCCGCUGGUCCCGAUUCCGAUCCGGCCGGUGCGGCCACUUCGCCUCCGCCCCGUCCCACACCACCGGCCGCGCGCAUCGCGCCGCCUCCUCGCCGGCUUAUCCCAUCCGCCGCCUGCCAUCCUUGCCAAGAACUGCUGCCGUUGCGCUCGACAGCCACCAAUCCACCCUAGCCGCCCCCAUCCCUCCUCUCCGCUAUUCUCUGGACCAUCACCGCGGGAUCUGUACCGCCACCCCAUCGCCACAGGAGCUGGACUGCCUGCAGCCCCGCGGUUUCUCCUCGCAGAGGUGGUCCUGUACGUGCUCACACCCCCAAGCUGCCGGCGAAUUCAGUCUGUUUGUAUUUUAGAAAGAACUAGGCAAAUAGAAGAAAAUAGCAAGAAGCUAGCAAUUGUUCGUGAAAGACGAGAUGCACUUAGAGGUCAUAUGGAAGCAACCCAACCUCCUAACAAUAAAAGAAAGGCAUCCUCCAGAAUACCUGACAGUAGAAAUGAACAGCGUGUUUUAAGGUCUAGUGCAAGAAAAGAUGAUCUUGUAGAUUCUGGACAACAACCUUCGAAAGAGGUUAUUCAUGAGCUUGAUGGUAAUGGUAAUGGUGAAAAGAAAGGUGGAAGAAAAAUUACUCAGAAGUUAAACAUUUAUUCGAGGCAGCCUAAACCUAAAAUCAAAAUUCCAUUUAAUGAGCUUGGCCAGCCUUUUGGGGCAGAUGCAACUGAAUUUGCAAAUUUCAUUGGUACUUUGGUGAGGAAGCAUAUAUCACUUGCGAAGUUAGAUUGGAGAGAUGUUGAGCUGGAAGCACAGAAGUCAUUGGUGUGGGAUCACUUACAGGCUUUCUAUGAGCUGGACUCCACUGCUCUGAGCUAUGUUUAUAACACUUCACACACUAAAUGGAAGGAAUGGAAGGCUGAUUUAAAGAAGACAAAGUUUGAUCCUGAAUUGACUGAUGCACAACUUAUGAGAAGAUGUGAUGAGAGAAUUAGUAAACGUGAUUGGGCUACCCUUAUUGAAUAUUGGCGAUCUCCAGAAUUUGAUGCUCGCAGUGCAAGAGCGAAAGAGAAUCUUGCCAAGUCGACGGUGUCGCAUACAACUGGUAGCAAGAGUCAUGCCCAUGUUACCCAUGAAAUGGCUGAUGAACUUGGGUAUGCCCCUCGGAGAGAUGAAGUUUUCAUCAAAACACGUACACGCAAGAAUGGGGACCAUUUAUCACAGGCAGCGCCAAUAAUUAAACAACUCGUUGAAGCAGCCGAAAACCACCCUGAGUGGAAGGAAAAAAGUAUUCAGGAAGGUUACCUAUAUGCACGUGUUUGUGGAAUGAAGGAACCAAGGGGUCGUGUCCGUGUAUUAGGUAUGGGGCCAACACCAACGGAUGUGGGCACACCGGGUACACAGGUCCGAAUGACAACAAGGGUUCUUGUGGAAAUUGAAGCACGUCGACAAGCUGAACAACGCAUGGACUCGAUGCAGGAGCAGAUGCAACGAAUGCAGCAACAACUGAACCAAUUGAUUUCACAAGGAGGUCAUAUUGUGGCGACUCCUAGCUCUCAGCAUGGUUCUAAUUCUCGACUGAACUCAAGAGAACCUGAGGAACGUAAUGACGAUGAUGAAGACACCUAUAUGCAUAGAAGAGUUAUAAGGGUCCCCCAAAGUAGUUUCCCAAAUCACCAAGAUGAAAGCCUGAUUGGUAUGGAUGUGCUUCUGCUUGCUUGGAAUGGUCCUGAAACUCCUGUUGCUAAGGCGACGAUUAUCUCAAUCGCUGAAGACACUAUUUUUGGCGGGGAGCCCCUUGGGCCAGAGAAUUAUGAGGUGAUCGUCAAUGUUGCGAUUAGAAGGGAAUCUACGCUGCCUUUUCAGUAUGAUGGUUUACGAUACAUCAGCGAUGCUGUCAAGAUGUCCAUUGCAUGGCCAUCAAGCAAGAUGAAGCCCUACAAGACUGCUGCGGCAUUAUCCUCCACAUGUCACUAAGGACAAAGAACCAAGAAGCUGGCGGGCGAGAAACCAUGAAGUCGGGGUUUCUGUCAAAUGGAUAUUUUGUGUAAUGGAGCAAACAAUGAAUUAUUUUGUAAACUUGUAUGGUUUCUUGAACAUUGAACGAUGAUGUUUCCUUUAGUUUAUGAGAAUCUGAAUGGUAAUAAUGUUUCGAAGAUAUGAAUUAUUUAUGUGUGUCAAAA